AUGAUGCAAGCGGUUGUCUUCAAGGGUCCGUUGCAGGUCGCUCUGGAACAGCGACCCCGUCCCCAGAUUCAAGAUCCCACUGAUGCUAUUCUGAAAGUGCGAUACACCGCACUAUGUGGAAGUGAACUCCACGUUUUCCGAGGACAUCAACCCUCAGGAACGGGGUUUAUCAUGGGCCACGAGUUUACGGGUGAGGUGGUCGAGGUCGGAGCCGACGUGCGAUCUUUCAAGCAAGGCGACCGGGUGGUUUCCCCAUUCACCGUCAGCUGUGGCGAGUGCUUCUACUGCGCCAGCGGGUUCUCCUCCCGUUGCACGCGGGGACAACUCUAUGGAAGUGCGGUGCUGGAUGGAGGACAGGCCGAGUAUGUCCGAGUUCCGUUGGCAGAGUCAACACUUUUCCAGGCGCCCGCGACGAUCGAUGAAAAGAAGCUGGUCUUGAUGGCAGAUAUCUUUCCGACCGGGUAUUUUGCUGCAAGCAACGCAUUCCGUGGCCUAGAACCCCAGACAAUUCAGAACAGCACCGUGUUGUUGUUUGGAUGUGGGCCAGUGGGGAUUUGUGCCUUGGUUAGCGCCUUGGAGCAUCGUCCUAAGCAUUUGAUUGCGAUUGAUAGCGUUCCUUCCCGACUACAGCUGGCCCAGAGUCUCGGCGCCGAGCCAUGGAAUUUCCAAGACAAUGAAGCUGGUCUACGCGAAAGAGUCAAGGAACUCACAGAUGGUCGGGGUGCGGAUGUUGUGAUUGAGGUCGUGGGCCACAGCAGCGCCUUACGGAUGGGAUUCGAGAUGCUUCGUCCAUGGGGAGUACUCUCCAGCGUUGGUGUGCAUAACGGCGAGAUUCCUUGGACCGGUAAUGAAGCCUAUGGCAAGAACCUGCGUCUGCAGAUGGGACGAUGCCCGGUUCGCAGUAUUUUCGGAGAAGCCAUGGAGUUGUUGGCUAAGAAGCAAGGCGUUUUGAAUUUCAUGUCUGAAGACAUUCGUCCACUCUCUCAAGCUGUGCAAGCGUAUGAUGAUUUCAACCAGAUGAAAUGUCAGAAGGUGAUCUUUGAGGCUGAUAAGUAA